GAGUGGAAAUGUCCGUCCCUUGUGCUGCCCCACCCAGCACUGUUGUCCAACAGGGAAGAGGUAGGCUGUUCUACCCACACCCCUCCCUCUUAGGUGUGAGCAUGGGCAGGGGCUCCUGCACCUUAAAGCUCCAGACCAACACCCAGAUUCCAAGUCCUUCUGCUCUCCUGCUGAGACUGCUGUGGCGCCUGCCAGUCCAGCAGACAGACACUCGCUGGCUCCCCUGCUCUGCUCCAGCAACCUCCGAUGCCUUGUGAUGGCCACAUCCAAUUCUUCUGCCUCUCUGCCCACCCUCUUCUGGGUCAAUGGCUCUGGAGACAGCGUGCUGAAUACUGAUGGUGCCGCAAUGCCCGUCCAGUUCCUUGCUCUGAGGAUCAUAGUUGCCCUGGCCUAUGGACUUGUAGGUAUCAUCGGCUUGCUGGGAAAUUUGGCUGUACUGUGGGUGCUAAGUAACUGUGCUCAGCGUGCGCCUGGCCCACCUUCUGACACCUUUGUCUUCAGCCUGGCUCUGGCAGACCUGGGGCUGGCCCUCACUCUCCCUUUCUGGGCAACUGAGUCAGCACUGGACUUCCACUGGCCUUUUGGAAGCACCCUCUGCAAGAUAGUCCUGACGACCACCGUCCUCAACAUCUACGCCAGCAUCUUCCUCAUCACCGCGCUGAGUGUGGCCAGAUACUGGGUGGUGGCCAUGGCUGUGGGACCAGGCAGUCACCUCUCUGUCUUCUGGGCCCGGGUGGUCACCCUGGCAGUGUGGGUGGCAGCCGCCCUGGUGACUGUACCCACAGCAAUCUUUGGGGCUGAGGGUGAGUUGUGGGGCGUGCGCCUCUGCCUUCUGCGUUUCCCCAGCAAAUACUGGCUGGGGGCAUACCAGCUGCAGAGGGUAGUUCUGGCCUUUAUUGUGCCCUUGGGCGUCAUCACCACCAGCUACCUGCUGCUGCUGGCCUUUCUACAGCGUCAGCCGCGAUGCAGGCCUCGACAGUGGCAGGACAGCCGAGUGGUGGCCCGCUCUGUCCGGAUCCUGGUGGCUUCCUUCAUCCUCUGCUGGCUUCCCAACCAUGUGGUCACCCUCUGGGGUAUUCUGGUCAAGUUUGACCUGGUGCCCUGGGACAGCACUUUCUACAUCAUCCAUACUUACGUCUUUCCUGUCACCACCUGCUUGGCACACAGCAGCAGCUGCCUCAACCCUGUGCUCUACUGUCUCCUCCGGCGCAAACCUCGGCAGGUUCUGGUCAGCUCCCUCAGGGAUCUUUGGUCAAGACCGUGGCCCCAGACCAAGGCCUGUGUGGAGCAAGUGGCCCUCAAGGAGGUAGGUGGGAGAUGGGUAGCCAGCACCCAGGAGAGAGAGAGUGGCCCUUCUACAACACGCAGAAACACAAAGGGACACCUGGAUGAAGGAUGCAACCUGGACACUCCCUUUUCUGAGAUCUACCGGGGGCAUAACCCACAGGUUCUGGGGAGAAGCUGCUCUCUCUGCCAGGCUGCAGGGUCCCCAGGAAAAGUCUGAUCUUUGAUCAUCAGCUCUGGUCAGGACCUAGAAGCUGGAGCCCAGGCAAAGGUGGGCGUGGCAAAGCUUGUCUCUAGAGAUGGCAGAGAGAAACAGAAUAAAACUCUGGAUUAUCCACAGACUCUCUUGACCUUUCAUGCCAGUA